CCCCUCUCCGCCACCUAAUAUUGUCACACAAGAUUAUAUCACCAAACGUAACGUACCACUUCCAAAUUGAAUAAAAAUGAGCCAGCAACAGCCAAGAAGGCCGGAGAACGUUCUCCAAGAGCCCAUCAAAUAUCAAGACGUUUUCAGCGUCUCCGACGAGCUGGCUUCCAAACCCAUAACUCUCCAAGACGCCGCCGCCAUGCAGUCUGCCGAGACCACCACGCUCGGCCAGUGCCAGAAGGGCGGUCCCGCCGCCGUCAUGCAAUCAGCCGCCGAUCGUAAUGUCCGGUAUGCGGGCAUUAAGCCCGAUGAUGUCACUGACGUCGUAAGAGAUCGCGGCGUCUCUGUUUCCCAAACUGACAUCGCCGGCAACCGUGUAGUUACGGAAGCUGUCGGAGCAGAUAUUGUGGGGCGAUAUGUUCGUCCAUUGGAAAAUGCAAAAGAUGAGAAGGUGCGUUCUCCAGGGGGCCCACAGCAUGGUAUAGUGAGUGACGGAAUCACCAUUGGAGAAGCCCUUGAGGCGUCUGCUAUCUCCGCAGGGGACAAACCGGUGGACGAAAGUGACGCCGCCGCUAUACAGGCGGCGGAAGUCAGAGCAACCGGUCUUGGAGCGGUUUUGCCUGGCGGGGUAGGAGCGGAAGCUCAACGCGCCGCCACACUCAACGCUAGGACCACGAGGGAUGAGUUCAAAACCAAGCUCGGUGAUGUUCUCACGGUAAUACACUUUUUUUUCGAAGUGUUUUUGUAAGGGAAAAAACGUUUUUUAAUACUCCCUAUUUCUCUAACAAAAUCAGUGCUUAAAUUAAUUAAAGUCGGAUAAGUAAUAGGGGUAGUCAUUGUCCUUUAAUGUAGAGUUCAUUUGAUGUCCUUUUUUCAAUGUGAAGUAUAAUCUUGAUGGAAUUAAUUAAUUAGUCCUACAAAAAGAAAUUAAAUACUCCUUCGUCCGUCCCACUUUGACAAUUUUUCAUUUUCGAUUUUCCAAAUAAACUUUGUCAGUGUCUUAUUACAUUAACUAAUUUGUGUGGCAACUCCAUUGGGACGGAGGUUAUAGGAUUUGUUUGAAACUACAUUAUUCUCCAUUAAUUUUAUUUCUGGAUCUGUACUUAAUUAUGAACUAAUAAAUUAAAUGAAUGUGAAAGGAUGCGAGUACUAAGCUUCUGGAUGACAAGAGCGUGACCGCGGAGGACGCGGCUGCGGUGGUGGGCGCGGAGGCCAGGAAUAAAGAAGGCUUUACUCAUCCCGGUGGCGUGGCGGCUACUAUGGCGGCGGCGGCCGGCCUCAAUCAAGAUACCUCUUUCAAUGCUUCCUAUACCGUGUAAUAGUACGGACUAGUAAAAUAAUGCUAAGAUAUACUAGUACUAGAAUGUGGUCUACUCAUAAAUAUAUAGUACUCGUUUGCUAUGUAUAUCAAAUACCUAGCUGUUCACUUUGUACUAGUUAGCUAGGCCAAGUGUGUGUUUUGGUCUUUUGUUGAGUUGGAGAACCCAAACUACGAACGGGAGACGACCGUUGGCCAAUCUUCCAAACUUACGUAUAUGUAGUUUGGUUCUCAUGUAAAUAGUAAUGUGAGAAAUGAGUAUAAAAAAACGUGACUACAAUAUAUAAUGCCCAAAUAAUCUAGCAAUUUUCAACUUCUAUAUGUAUACUUA